ACAGAAGCAGAUCAUUUCAGAAGCUUAAUUUAAAGUCUUUUAAUACCAAGAGGUCAUUAGCCUGAGGAUAAAUAUUUAUUUAAUUAGCAGAUACUUUUGGUUUGUGCAUGCCUUAACAGCAAAUCGCAAUACUAAGAUUCAAGAGAAUAUUAACCAAUUAGUAAGAACUUUCUUCGCGCGAUCCGUUUCACCUAUUUAGAGCCUGGUAAUUAAGAGGUUUUCAACUUUUGCUCACUGUCCGCACCCACAUAUCAAUCAGAACCACUAGAAACAUUCCCAUCAUAAGAAUCAUGAGAGCACAUAAAACCGCAAUCAUGUGGAAAGCCAAGGCAAAUAAAACAAUUAGCAGAGAAAAGUAAAGAGUAGAUAAACAUUGGAGACUAGACAUAGCAGACCAGACAAAUGGCUAUAAUAAGCCAGCUUUUAGUACCACUAGAACCUUGACAGUGAGCAGUAGCAGUUCGGGAAACCAAAUAUGUCGGACGUGAAGGAAAAUUUAGUCAAAGGACUAUUGGUGGUGUUUCUGGCUUUUAUGGUGGUUCAAACCGUUUCCGAUUGCAAUGUCUGUCAGUCUAAUCAAGUGGCCUGUGUCAACUCCUCAUCCUUUUAUUUAUGCUUUGGAGAUGGAACACCACAUCGCGAUCAGUUGUAUCAUUGCCUAGAAGGAUUCGAUUGCACCAAUCUCACGGCAAUUUGUGUUCAAAAGAGCAGCCAACGUCCUCCAAGUUGCGGGGAUACCUCGCAAUGUGGCCAAUGCAAUGCCAAUCGGAAUUAUCUAUUCGCCUGCCAGAGUCGUGGAAUUUUUCAGAUGUGUUAUGGGGCCACCAGACCCACUGGAAAAUUCGGCUACUGCCCCUCAGGAACCGUUUGCGAUGCCACCAGCACUUCGAUCUGUGUUCCCGAGGUCGAGGGUCAAACCCUGACUUGUGAUUUAAAUGAUGAGCUGGUAGACACCACCACGGCAGCACCAGUAACCACCACUGAAAGCACCACUAACAGCACCACUGGAAGCACCACUGGAAACACCACUGAGAGCACCAGCGAAACCACAGUAGUCAGUAGUACCACUGAAUCAACCACAACAGUGAGCCCUCUUACUACAGAUCAGAUGUGCACGCAGAAAAAUGCCACCGGGCUUUUUACCAUCAUACCCGAGGAUCCCUAUUGUCAGCGCUACAUUAGUUGCUAUUUUAAGAGCAACGUUCUUAUCAAAUCAGCUGAAUACAACUGUCCUUCGGAUUCCUAUUUCGUUUCCGAGACUCAGAGUUGCGCCUACGACAAUCCAGGCAACUGUCUUUUAAGCUGAACUCCCCUGUAUUAAUAAAUUUUUAAAUACUCUUUAGUAAGAUAUGUAUAUUUUAA